GUUUUUUUUAGUGGAUCAGUUGAUUGCACGCAAUUAAUAACGCGAAGCAAACAUGGUUCCGAAAGCUUUGUACAUCCUGCUCAUCGCCUGUAUUUUUGGCGCCAUCAUCCAGAUGAGUCUUGCCACCUCAUCCGAGUCAACCGACAAAUCUGACUCCUCCGGUUCCUCCGGUUCGUCCGAGUCAUCCGAGACAUCCGACUCAUCCGACUCAUCUGACUCAUCCGACUCAACUGACUCAUCUGAGCCAGAGAAAAAAUCGACAGAAUCUGAUGACCAAAAACCACAAAAACCGCCCACCAAACAGGAAGAAGGUGAAAACAAGACUGUGAUUAAGAAACUCGAGAUCGUGUUACCAACGGUUCCAGCAUUGUCCCAUCCAGGACUUAAACCAAACGUCGAAAAGGCCAAAGAGAUGGUUGCACGCCGUUUGAACAGCGGAAGCAAUUUUGUCAACGCCGUUGCGAACGGUAUAAGGGCUGCGGUCCAUGCUGUUAAGCCUGUCAUAGCUAUAGGCGACUUGAUUGCUAAAAUUAUACGCGCAUUCGUCGACAUAGCAGCAUUAAACCCAAUCCCACUCGGAAUUCUUAUUCUUCAGGAAGGUAUGAAAACUGGCAUGAGUGUCAUGAGCGCGUCCAUUCCUUUCUUGUUAGCUGGAGCUAUAGCGGUUGCGAUUUAAAUAAUCAAUUAUAAUGUAUUAUAGUAGAACAUUUACUUUAUAUGCAACUAUGUAUUAGUUCUGGUUGCAAUUAUAUUUAUGCAUAAUAAUAA